GGCUCCCCCUCCCCGGGCCUUUCCCGUCUUGCCCGUGAGCCCUCUCGCCUCGUAGGCCUCUCGGUUCUAAUAUCUUGGGGUGAGAUUAGAGCAGGCCCGGGGAGGGUGGUUACCGCUGAGGAGCUGCAGUCGCGAUCAAGAUGAUAGAGGUACUGACAACAACUGACUCUCAGAAACUGCUACACCAGCUGAAUGCCCUGUUGGAACAGGAGUUGAGAUGUCAGCCAAAGGUCUGCGGCUUGAGACUAAUUGAAUCUGCACACGAUAAUGGCCUUAGAAUGACUGCAAGACUGAGGGACUUUGAAGUAAAAGAUCUCCUUCGUCUAACUCAGUUCUUUGGCUUUGACACGGACACAUUUUCUCUAGCUGUGAAUUUACUGGACAGAUUCCUGUCUAAAAUGAAGGUACAGCCCAAGCACCUUGGGUGUGUUGGACUGAGCUGCUUCUAUUUGGCUGUAAAAUCAAUAGAACCGGAAAGGAAUGUCCCACUGGCAACUGACUUGAUCCGAAUAAGCCAGUGUAGGUUCAAGGUUUCAGACUUGAUGAGAAUGGAAAAGAUUGUGUUGGAGAAGCUGUGUUGGAAAGUCAAAGCUACUACUGCCUUUCAGUUUCUACAACUCUAUUAUUCACUCCUUCAAGAGAACUUGCCAUAUGAAAGGAGGAAUAGCCUUAAUUUUGAAAGACUAGAAGCUCAACUUAAGGCAUGCUACUGCAGGAUCAUAUUUUCUAAAGCAAAGCCAUCUGUGUUGGCAUUGUCUAUCAUUGCCUUGGAGAUCCAGGCACAGAAGUGUGUAGAGUUAACAGAAGGAGUAGAAUGUCUUCAGAAACAUUCCAAGAUCAAUGGCAGAGAUUUGACUUUCUGGCAAGAACUCGUAUCCAAGUGUUUAACUGAAUAUUCAUCAAACAAGUGUUCCAAACCAAAUGUUCAGAAGUUGAAAUGGAUUGUUUCUGGGCGUACUGCACGGCAACUGAAGCGUAGUUACUACAGAAUAACCCACCUUCCAACAAUUCCUGAAAUGGUCCCUUAAUUGGAUUCUUACAGCAACAAAAAACUCUUCUGAAGCCUUUCUCCACAAUCCUGAGCUGUGGAUUCCAUAAUGUUAUAACGGAUUUAAGCUGUGAAGCCUCAAAACAUCACAAGUAGAUUAACAUUGGUGUUCUCAGAUUUGGGAAAACUGCCUAAUUAACAUUACCCUAUAGUGGAAUUACUCACAUUUGAAUUCACCUGUGAAGCAUACAAAUCAAAGCUAACAGCAUAAAUGUAAAAUGCUAAUGACAAGCCUGGGAAGGUAAACUGUGAAUCUUCAUUUCUAACAUUGAUCCAACUUUCUGUAUUGGGUC